UUCAUUUGGCCCCGCCCCCACCGUAGAUACAUCGGUAGAGCCGGAGUGAGAGGAAAAAUAGAGAGUGUAUUCCUCCUUUCUUCCUCGUUUGUCUUGUGUAUUGUGUCGCGUGUUUGUCUCUGAUGGCUAAUUCAGUGUCCGGGCUGCUCUCCGGCGCGCUGUUCGUGUGUUUGUGGGGCGGCUCGGUGUCCGCGCGCUCGGAUGUUGUCGAAUUGACGGACGUGGACUUCGACUAUGUGGCCGCCGAGCACGAGACCAUGCUAGUAAAGUUUUACGCGCCGUGGUGUGGCCACUGUAAGAAACUUGCUCCUGAGUUCGAAACUGCUGCCAAACGACUAAAAGGAGUAGUAACUUUAGCAAAGGUGGACUGUACGAGUAGCACUGAGGUUUGUGGGAGAUUUGGGGUCACAGGAUAUCCCACGCUUAAAAUAUUCAGGAAUGGGCGAGAGUCCUCAUCAUACGAUGGUCCUCGCUCAGCAGUUGGAAUUGUGGAUCAAAUGAAGAAGCAAGCAGGUCCUGACUCUGUGCCUCUUCACAAUGAAAAAGAUCUGGAGACCUUUGUCAACCACUAUGAUGCAAGUGUGGUUGGGGUCUUUGAGAGCAGUGAUAGCCCUCAGCUGGUGGAGUUUCUAAAGGGAGCAAAUCUGAUGAGGGAAAGUUUCCGCUUUGCUCACACCACUGACCUGCAGCUCGGCCUCAAAUAUAACCUCACCUCUGAGGGCAUCCUGCUGUUUAGGCCUCCCCGGCUGGCCAGCAAGUUUGAAGAAAGCGUGGUGUCACACACAGGUCCUUUCUCCGUCACUGCCCUGCGCCGCUUCAUCAGAGACAACAUUUUUGGAAUCUGCCCACAUUUGACGAAGGAGAACAUAGAUCAGUUAAGAAAGAGGGAUCUGCUGACAGCAUAUUAUGACCUGGAUUACGUACACAACCCCAAAGGCUCUAACUACUGGAGAAACAGGGUGAUGAAGGUGGCAUCUCAGUACAGCUCUCGAGGCCUGCUGUUCUCCGUAGCUAAUCGGAAAGACUUUGAGGAUGAGCUGGAAGAAGACUAUGGUCUGGGAUCUACAGAAGGCAGUGAGGUUCCGUUUGUUACCAUCAGGACUCGAUUAGGACACAAAUACAGCAUGCGUGAGGAGUUCACACGAGAUGGAAAGUCUUUAGAGAGGUUUUUGGAGGAUUAUUAUGCCAACAGUUUGAAGCGCUAUAUCAAAUCAGAGCCAGUACCAGCGAAGAAUAACGGACCAGUCAAGGUGGUUGUUGCAGAUACAUUUGAGGAGAUUGUAAAUGAUCCAGAGAAAGACGUGCUGAUUGAGUUUUAUGCUCCAUGGUGCGGCCACUGCAAGAAACUAGAACCCAAAUACACAGAACUUGGACAGGAGCUUUCCAGUGAUCCCAACAUUGUGAUUGCCAAGAUGGAUGCCACCGCAAAUGAUGUUCCAGAAGGUUAUGAUGUACAUGGAUUUCCCACAAUAUACUUUGUUCCUGCUGGAAGGAAAGCUGAACCAAAGAGAUAUGAGGGAGCCCGUGAAGUGAAAGAUUUUCUAAACUUUUUGAAACGAGAAGCUACCAGCUCCUUGGUGCUAAAAGGAGUAAAAGAAGAUCUCUAAAAUGAUAGAAAGGGAAUGCUGGGAAAUACAGUGUUUGAAUAGGAGUUGCUUGUUUGAUUCUGCUCAAAUACUGACCACUGGGGACUUUUGGACAUUUGGACAUACAUAUCACUCCACAAAAAAAUGGAUCUGCAUUACAGAGGCUACAGAGAGGAUUCAGAGAGAAACAGUGAUCUUUUUUAUGAAUUGGGAAUUGCCUGUUUAUGCUGUUUAUUUCAGAAAGUCAUAGAACAACUUAUGGGAGAAGUUAAUGCAGAAGUGCACCAUUCAUUAUUAACCAGGGCCAUAAAAAGAGGUUUAAAUUUAAACUAAUUUAAAUGGUAUAAUUGAGUUUGAUAUCUGUUCUUGUGGAUGAGCUUUGGGGGCCCUGGGGCCUUACACUGUGCACUCCUGUUAAAUAUACUGAUGAUCCCUAUGCUUAUCUCACUGAUGCUUUCUCAUGCACUCUCACCUUCUCCAUGUCACUGUUACUCCUGCCUGACCAGUGGUUAUGCUUUAAGGCAGCUCAUUUUUUCCAUAUUGCACAUUUAUUUAUUUCUUUAUUUCUUAAUUAUUAAACUGGUAACAUUUAUCA